AUGGCCGCUGAGUUCGCCACAGCUACAGCCGCCUCCGGGCUUCUGGGACAGCUUAUUGAUCUCGUGGGCUACAUCCAAGAUGUCCAGAACGCACCUCAAGACAUUCUCCGGCAACGCGAGUCUCUCGGUCGACUCCAAAGUGUUGUAGAUAUGGUCAAAAACGAUCGGCGUUUUCAGACAGAAGGAGUGGAAAAAUCCCUUAGUGCAAUUAACGAACGCGUUAGGGAACUGCUUGUCAUUCUGCGCAAGAAUCGAAUCCUAUUUCCUCUGAAGGACAAACAAAUCACAAAGAUACUCAAACAAAUAGAGAGCGAUAAAAGCAAUCUCAUUCUAAUUCUAAAUUUGUUGCAUAUUACCGCCGAGGUCGCCGAUGACGAGGAUGAAUUCUGCCGGGAGCGGUUCUUAAGUAUUAAUCAAGAUGAUGAUCGUGAAUCUUUCAAGACAUCAACAGGUCAUACCAGGAAAGGCGCCAACACAUGUACUUGGAUUACGCAAUGCGAAGAGUACAAGCGAUGGCAGGAUGUUGAUACUGCUUCGCAAUUUCUUUUUGUGUGCGGACGACCCGGCCAAGGCAAGACAAUGCUGUCAAUAUUCAUUACCGAGCACCUACAGAAACUUGUUGAACGUUCAACCACGAACAGCUUGGUGUAUUUCUUCUGCGACCACCAAGUGCGAAAUAGUGGUUCAGCCAUUAUCAGAAGCUUUAUCUCUUCCUUUAUUGGGAAGGAUGACUCUCUUCUACAGUAUAUUGCUCCCACCUUAAAGAGGCUGAAAGAAUCCCUUUUCGAGGCUGGCUCAUUCGAGACACUGUGGAGGAUUUUCACCGAUAUUGUGGAUGCUACAAGAUGGAGCACUAUAUACUGCGUUAUAGAUGCAGUUGAUGAACUCGAGCAGCAUUCAUUAUCACUCCUUCUUUCAAAGCUGCGACAAUUCCCCAAUCCUAAACUACAGCGGCUUAAGAUGAUCAUUUUUACCAGACCCACCUCGGACUCCGUAAACGAGAUCCUCUCUAUGCACCCAACCAUUCGACUGUACUCUAGUACUGAGGUGGAAGGCCCCCAUAGCCAUCACACGGACCAAGCUGAAGAAGAGUUUAGAGACUCGUACAUUCACGAGGUUGAAAAAGACAUUGAAAGGUAUAUCCUUGAAAAAGUUAAUGAACUCUCCCGAUUCAAGAAUUAUCCUCCGAAACUCAAAGAAUACGUAUUGAGAACUAUGCAGGAGCGUGCAGAGGGUACUUUUCUUUGGGUAGCUUUUGCAGUCGAAUUCCUUCGCAAGGUCAGGCUCGCAGGAACCGAGGCGGCACUAAAGCAAUCUCCACCUGGCCUCGACGCGACCUAUGAUCGCAUCCUGCUCGCUGUCGAUAACCAGGACAUGGGUCUCGUUAGAUCCAUGCUUACUUGGGUUACUCUGGCAGAAACGUCUCUAACUCUGUCCCAACUUGGGACUGCAUUGCAACUAAAAUCAACGGAGUUUAUCAGCCUAGAAGAGGUUACCAAGGACAAAAUCAGUCUCUCGGGUGACCUUCUCCUAGUCACUGAUUAUGGGGUUGGCUUUUACCACAAAUCCGUAAAAGACUAUCUUGUCUUUCCUCGCCUGGAUGGUGACAAGAGAUUAACGGUCUUCCGAGUCGAUAGAGAUAGGGGACACUCGGAGUUGGCUCUUAGGUGUAUUGAGUUCUUGAAUACUCGUCACGAUUUCUCUCUUGAUGCAGACGACCUUAAUCUUGGUGACUUUUCCGGCGAUGUGGAUGAGAAUGGCGACCAUAUCUUCCACUUUGGGAUCUACGCGGCGCGCCAUUGGGUCAGCCAUGCACGGAGGUCACAUACUUUCUCAGAAACUUGCUCUGAUGCUUUCAGCAGAUUCUUUGAUGGACCGCUGUCUAGAGGAUAUCAGUGGCUUGAGGCAUGGUCCAGUAUGGACACAGAGCUCCAUCCAAAUUUCUGCAGCUCUCUAUUGGAAGAACUCAGGACAUUCCAUCAGCCUGAUGCCUUUGGUUUCGUCGUUGCAACACUUCUCGGCCUUUCCGGACUUGCGAAAGCCAUUUUGAAGCAACAGAAUGGUUUUCAGGAUAAUCCUAGCUGCCUAUUCUUGGGAGCAGUCGCUGCUAUUGGCAUGAAUGACGAGGAAAUGGUACGUUUACUCCUACAGACUGGCAUCGAUGUCAACGCUGGAACUAUCGACAACGAAACACUGCUGCGCGUGGCUGUGCAGGAAGACGCUGAAAAUAUAGCUCGACUUCUCUUGGAGAAGGGUGCCACUUUUGAUGAUGCGGACAGGGGAGAUAGGACUACCUUUCGUUUGGCAAUAGAGGCGGGACACAACAACGUGCUGGGAAUCCUGCUACAGUUCGGAGCGAAUGUUUCGGCCCGGUAUUCGGGAGGCGAUACUCCACUCCAUAUCGCAGCUCAGUCCGGGAACCCAACCGCGGUCCGCGACUUAUUGAGCAAGGAUGCAGAUGUUCAUGCUGUGAACGAUUGUAAUCAAACCGCUCUCCAUCUCGCUGCUAAUUCUUUUUCAGCCAGCCAUGCAUCGAAGAAAGCCACAUUGAAAUACUUGGAAGAGCUGUGCAUCGAUUUCCGAAUGACCACUGAUAAGAUCUUCCAGACCAGCAGCGCUCUUGUUACAUCCUGUCUAUUAAGAUCUGGCGCAAAUUUAGACGCACUUGACGAUCAAGAUAGAACCCCACUGCACAUGGCUGCAAAAUUCGGAGACUUAAAUGUAGCGAAGAUACUCUUGAAAGCUCGCGCCAGAACUGAUAUCAAGACACGACAAGGAAACACGGUCGUACAUGAAGCUGUCAAUGCUUGCAACCCUGUUAUCCUCACAUUGGCUCCAUAUUUUGACCUCGACUUUCAGUUGCCAAACAAUGAGCUUGCAACUCCACGUGAAAUGGCAGAGAGGUUGAAACAGGAGAAAGAACAGAAUUUAAAGAAGCACCCGGAUUCACACUGGUUUCUCAACGACCCCAUGGAAGAGCUGGAGGUUUGGUUCUUAGAGUUGACUAUAUGGUUCUUGGCACAAUUGGAGGCGGCAUGA